CCUCUUGCAUGCCUUAAAUCCCAGCCCACCACACCCGGGGCCAGACUCAGCCAUCCAGGGCACCAUGGAGCUGCCACCUGGCUGUCUUCUCCUCCUUGCUGCCCUGCUCCCCCUAGCCAGGCGGUCCAGCACGGCCCCACACACAAUGGGACGAGAGGAGAUGGCAGCCUCCUGGCCAAUGUGUCCUGCAGCAAAGCCUGGGUACUGCUACCACAUCGCAGAGGUGGAGGACCUGCUGGACAAGGACUGUGGCUCCUGCCACAUGGGUGCCUCCUGUUCACGCUGCACCAGUGAUGCUGACUGCCACGGAGUCACCAAGUGCUGUCCCAGCAAGUGUGGCUACACAUGCCAGGAGCCAGUGCUGGACUUCUGCUACCUGCCCUCAGUCUGUGGGAACUGCAAGGCUCUCUUCCGCCGCUUCUUCUUCAAUGCCUCCAGCCAGCAGUGUGAGGAGUUCAUCUACGGCGGCUGUGGCGGCAACAGGAACAACUUUGAGACCAAGGGCGAGUGCUUCCAGGCCUGUUCCCACGUCAGUAACUAGCAGUGUGCUGAGGGCCAUGGGCCACAGAGGGCAGCUGCUCCUGGCCCCUCUCCUGAUGCCCCAGCUUUCAGUUCCAGGUGCCUGGCAGUGCUGGCCUCGGAAGUGGUGGCUUCUAUAUGGCUCCUGCCUGGGGGAAGCUGCUGCUGGUGGCCAUAUCCAUGACCCUACAGGGAGACCAUGGGGCUGUGGGCAAUGAGGGCAGUGGGCCUGGGUGGCCAUUCUGGGGGCUGUGGCUUGACUGGGAGCCUUGCUCGCCUAAGGACACAUGCCCAUGCCAGCAUGGAUGGCCCCUCCUAAGCCUGGUGCCUGAGCCAAGGAGCCUGUCCCUCCCCUUGGACUGUGACAAUACAAGGACGGGUCCCUGGA